AUGGCGCAUCAAGACGCCCACGAAGUCCUCCAGCUCGUGCAGAGACUCGAGGCAGCGCAGAAGAAACAAGUCAAGCGCGCGUUCACCUGCAAGAAGUCGACCUUUGAAGUCGCGGGGUCAGACAUCACCGUUGAUUCGUGGCGGUUCCAGGACUGGGACUACAAGAACCGCGGGCUGCCUACCUAUGCGCGAGGCCUCUUCACCACCACCAACCGUGCGGGAAAGCCAGAGAUUGCAGUCAGGGGUUACGACAAGUUCUUUAACAUCGAGGAAGUCAACUUGACGCGCUGGAGGAAUAUCGAGGUUAAUACCCGGGGACCCUACGAGUUGAGCGUCAAGGAGAAUGGCUGCAUCAUCUUCAUAUCCGGCCUGGAGGACGGCACGCUGCUGGUCUGCAGCAAGCAUUCUACGGGCUCGCGGCAGGAUAUGGAGAUGAGCCAUGCUGAAGUCGGUCGGGCCUGGGUCAGGAAGCAUGUCGAGUCCGUGGGCAAGACGGAGCGGGAUCUUGCUAGAGAACUACGCAGCAUGAAUGCCACUGCUGUAGGAGAGCUGUGUGACGACAGCUUCGAAGAGCAUGUCCUGGCCUACUCGGAGGAAGAAUCGGGUAUCUACCUGCACGGCAUCAACUAUAACCUGCCUGAAUUCGCUACCGUCAGGAGCCCGGACGUGCACCGCUUUGCAGACGCUUGGGGGUUCAAAAAGGCCCAGUUCCUCGUCAAAGACGACAUUGAAUCUGUCCGGACAUUCCUUGAGGGAUGUGCGGAGACGGGCUCCUGGGACGGUAGAGACACGGAAGGCUUCGUGAUCCGCUGCCAGAUGCGGGAGUCCAGCUCCCUGCCUUACCAUGACUGGUUCUUCAAAUACAAGUUUGAAGAACCCUACCUGAUGUACCGUCAAUGGCGAGAGGCAACCAAGAAGCUGAUCUCAGGCAAACUGCCCACCAUCAAGAAACACGUCAAGAUCACAGAGGAGUAUCUAAAGUAUGCUAGAAAGCAGCUUGCAAAGGACCCAAAGCUAGCUAAGCUAUACAACCAGAACCACGGCAUCAUCGCCAUGCGUGAUGGCUUCCUCAAGGAGCGAGGCCUCAAGGGCUCAGAGAUUAUAGCCAUGGAGGCAGCUGAAGGUGGUGAGCUCGAUGCUCCCCAGGACAAAGACUUUGUGCUUGUCCCCGUUGCCUCCAUCGGCUGCGGCAAGACCACCUUGGCCGUUGCUCUCGUCAAGCUAUUUGGCUGGGGCCAUUUCCAAAACGACAAUGUCGAAGGCAAAGGGAACAGACCUAAGCGGUUCGUUCAAGGGUUGGUUAACGAGCUGAUGAACCAUAGCUGCGUGAUAGCGGACCGGAACAACCACCAGAGGCGUGAGAGGGAGCAGAUCUUCACGGACAUGCAGACUCUCGUGCCCAACGCCCACUUCAUUGCGCUUCACUGGGUGCAUGAGCCCAAGGGUGCAUUGCUAGAUGAUAUCCGACGGGUCACGCAGCAGCGAGUCCUCGACCGUGGGGAUAACCACCAGACCAUCCGCGCCGGAAGCAAGAGUGAAAGCGAGAUAUUGCAGAUCAUGGAGGGCUUCCUGCGUCGAUUCGAAGGUGUCGAUACUGCUCGUCAGCCAGACAGCCAUUUCGAGGGAGUCAUUGAUCUAGACGUUGCCGCUUCCUCGAGAGAGAAUCUAGAGACUAUUGUAGACUACUUUUACGCCAAUUAUCCUAAGCUCAUGAAACGGGAUAAACCAGACGCCGCGGAGCUUGAUGCAGCCAUAAAAGAGGCCAUGGAGGGAUACACAGUUGAUAUCAAACAUGAUCUCAACUUCAAGUCCAAAAACCAGCCUCAGAAGCCGCAGCAGCAGCAACAGCAACAACAGCAACAAAACCAGAAGAAUCAAAAACCCCAAACACUCGACCAGCUGGUCAAGAAAAUCGAAUACUUCAACAUUUCCGUCCCCUCCGCCCCCAUUCACUCAAUCCUCUCCUCCAUCUUUGACGCAUCAUCAUCACCAGACUACGCACAUCUAUACCGUCUACUCACCAACUCCCGACGCAUCCAGCCCUCAUUCCACGUAACACUCAUCCAUCGUGCUUCCAGCACCGACAACCCCCAGAUAUGGCACACCUACACAGACCUAUACAAGGCAGCAGUCGCCCAAGAACAACAGCAGCAGACCUCGUCGUCAUCCGCUCCCUCGUUUCCAGGCUCAGCCACCGUUACAGGAACACCCACGCCAAGCCUAGGAACAGCUUCCGUCCGCCUCGAAACUCUCGUCUGGGAUAAGCGUAUCAUGGCUAUUGUUGCACGUAUCUUGUCUGGCCCACCGGCCUUGGACACGACCACGGGGGUGGCGGCGGCGGCCUUGCCAAUUUCAGGGGAGGCAUACGGAGUUAGGCGAGAGGAAGAAGAAAGGCAAGGGGAAAGAGAGUUACCACCAACGUGGCCUUGUGCGAACGAGAUUGCCCACGUUACGAUCGGGACGGCAAAUGCGAGCGUCAAACCGAAGGAGAGUAACGAUUUGUUGAAGCGAUGGCUUACGAUGGGCGCGGGAGAAGAGAGUGGGAUCUGGGAGGCGAAGAUUCCUUCUGUUAAGGUUGUGGAGGGCUUCGUGGGGGUUGUGAUGCGUAGGUAG